AAACUUCAACGAAGAACGGUACAAUUGGCAUUAUUGGUCAGGGACUGACAGUUUCUGAUCCUUUGGUUUUUGUCUGAAAGCCUUCCCUGAUAUCCUCUACAAUGACGUGGUCAGCCCUGUCACCACGGUGCCCUGUGUAAAUAUAUUUAGCUGUCAAUGACCACCGAAGCGUUGAGCAACCAUUGAAAACAUCUUUACGUGCCUCACGGAAAUGGCGUUUAGAACUGUUCAGUGUAGUUUUGUAUGAUUAACCUUGCGUAAGAAUCUACACGCUUUAAUCUGUUGGAAGAUUCAUAACUCAAACAAAACAGUAAAUGCAUGCCUUCAACGAGCUGCAAAACCGUAACCAGUGCCGCAAUGCUGUAGAAACACUGAGAGAUAAAGGUACAGUUAGUUAGGACUUGGUAAGAUUGUAAUAUCAUCAUGGAGAACCUAUAUGUUUCUAUCAUACUCAGUCUCGGUAUGUUCCUGUGUUGGUGUUUACCAGUCCAGUGUUCAUCAACGAGAAAUGGUACCGAUAGCUUCUUCACUGAGAUCCAAGAAUUGUUUGAAAGAUAUUCAGCAAACUUGACGGAGGAAAUGCUUAUUCCACAAAAUAUCAGCAUGAUUGGAGCUCAUUUCAAUUGCCCGUCGUCUGUUUCCCCGACCAUACCGAAAUCAGUCCAUUUACUACGGCCCGGCGAUAUAAAGGUGAUAGGUGCUGUUGGAGAUUCAUUAACGGCGGCAUAUGCAGCCGGUGCUACGUCUUAUUCCCCUGUGCUGUUUGAAUAUCCUGGUUUGUCUGCUAGCAUGGGUGGAGACAAGACACUGGAGAAAGUACUUACGAUUCCAAAUAUAUUUCGAAAAUACAAUUCUCACCUGUAUGGAUAUUCAACUGGUAUCUCUGUACUCGAAACCCAACCUAAAAAUAAAAGACUCAAUCUGGCUAUAAGUGGAUCCGUUGCAGAGGAAAUGCCCGAACAGGUUCGUCAGCUGAUUCGGAAAAUGAAAAACGAUCCAAUCGUUGAUUUUGAAAAUGACUGGAAAUUUAUCACGAUAUUGAUUGGAGGGAACGAUCUGUGUAGCGGAUGUUUGUAUUCAGAAAGCACGCCAGAAGAUUAUAUUAGGUUUUUAGAUGAGACUAUUCAAAUACUACAUGACAAUUGUCCGCGAACCUUUGUGAAUGUGAUUGCAAUGUUCACUGCUAAUCAAGCCGUCAAACUACGCGGACCUUUGAUCUGUGACAUUAUGGUCAGUUAUUACUGCCCGUGUAUUCUAGGAGGAUCGAUUCCAGAAAAUUUGGUUUAUCUCAAAUCAAGGGAAUUUCAGAGACUUUUGCGCACGUUGGUUGAAAGUGGAAAGUUUGACGAUAAAGAAGAUUUUGCUGCCGUUUAUCAACCUUUCUUUGAAGAUACACUUCUACCUGAAUUGCCGAAUGGACGUGUAGAUCGUUCGUUCAUCGCACCAGACUGUUUUCAUCCAAGUCAGAAAGGCCAGGCUGCACAGGCGACUGCUAACUGGAAUAAUCUGUUUGAGCCAGUUGGAUCGAAGGAUACAUCUUAUGACAAAGGAGAAACCAUCAAUUGUCCAUCGACGGAUUUCCCAUACCUGUACACCAACAUCAACAGUAAACCGGGAUUCGCAGACCACAUCCAUAGAGCAUCGUUAGGAGACAACCGUCUACAAAAGACCAACUCAUCGCCUACCUCCAAACUCGACGGUCUUGAAGAUAACAAUAUACGUCAAAUAAUAUCAUGAUUACGCUCUUGAAUUUCAACAUGUCGAGUCUAUUAUACAUGCUAUCGUGUCCCCUGCAUGAGUUUACCUUUAUUUCAUUACUUCAAACUUCAUUUUUUUAAAAUAAUGAUGAUAAUAAUGAUAUUUGAAAUUGAUAUAGCAUAAUAGUUUGCGCUUUACAAACUUUAUUAAAUCACUUAAUUAUACAUUAAACCAAAUUUCAAUUAUCCACUAAGCCUAAGCCUUAAACCUGAAAUAUGUCCUACAGAUUAGAACAAAUUAAAUCAAAUUUUAUCGCAUGGGUGUGUGUGUACAUACGCUAACUAACUAUUGUGCUCUUCAUAAGGACUUUACAUAGAACUUAAGCGAUAGACAAUAUCAAACUUAUAGGGCUUUUUAAAUAUGUAUUUUGAUGUGAUGUGGAUAUCUUUAUUUUUUACUUAUUGUUGAACAUUUGUAGGCGAUGUUGAGAAAGAUGAAAAAAGAUGCGCCGCAUUCGUACUAAUCUAUUUUAUACUAAUUUACUCCUUUUUUGAGAGAAGACGUAUUCAUAAAUAAGAAUUGAAGCAUUUUACAUGGCCUAAAGAUACUGUAUAUAGCCGAUUAUUAUUAACCAUGAUUGUAUUAUGUUUUAAUUGAAAGACGUUUUACAUAUUUCAACUCCAAAAGAUCUUGGCUGAACCUGAUGUCAUGUAAUUUUUUUGUUCACAGAACAAUGUCGUAAUUCAUACGUGAUAUUUGAUUUAGUUUUCUUUCUUUCAAUGACCAAUAAUUAUUUAUAUUGUGUUUUAUAUUGUUUUUGUCUAAAUACACUUCGUUGUAUUCUCAAAAUACUUUCAUUUUAAGUGUGACUCAAAAUUGAUUUUUGAAAUGUAGUUUAAUUGGUUUUAAUUUCUAAUGUAUUUAUUUAGUUUUUAAUCCUAAUUUCAUUCCUCGGCGACACUGUGCAAAUACAAUAGAGAGAAUUUAAAAUUUAUCUCAGGACAUAAUGACAUCACAUACACAAAUGCAUGUCAGGCAAGUGUAGUGUACCAACACUUGAGGAGAGAAGACUGGCACUGUGAACAAAAUUUGCCUAAUCAUCCCAAUUCAUCCUUUGUGUAAGUCAUGGCUACCUCGGAAAA